AUGUGCUGCCCUUGCGAUACGGUGGGGAAUGCGGUGGAGGCAGUGGAUGCGAGCGGAAGGGCUAACAUGCUGGAUUUGGAUGGUUUAUCGGUUUCGCACUCGGAAGAGGACAUGUUGGCGAGGGUGCAUGCGCAAUUGGGCGAAUCAAGGAUACGUACAUUGGCUGGAUUGAGAAGACGCACGAGCGAGCAAGCCUUUGCAGAAUCUACAAUGCAAUGCCGGUACUUCAGACGAGCCGAGGUGGAUCAUUCGAUUAUGCAAGGCCACCAACGUAAGCCUGUUGCCAGCAGCAAUCCCGUGUCAGACGGCAUGUGUGAGAAGACAACAUCAACAAUAAGGAACGACAAAGGUCCGUGA